AUGUCUUUGAAUACCAGCAGAAUUGACUUUUUUCCAGUUGACCCUCAGAAGAAAGUAGGAAUCUUGCUCAACUUGUUGGACUACCUUCAACCUGCCCUAGUCGGCCUAUCAUCCUUACUCCAGCUAGUAGCCCACAUUGUAUUUGGCAGCCGUCUACUCACAUGCAUCACCUACAUCGUUCUGUUUCCCUUGUUUCUGGUGGCUGCCCUGGUGUCGACCAUACUAAACUUCCUCCUCAAUCACAUGACACGCCCCCGCGAGUUCACCCCUUCCCAUCAGCACCAUCCGACCCCUUACCGUGCCACGGAUGCCGAUCUACAGCGACACGAACAAGAAGGAAAACAGCAGAUGGACUACUGGCUAGAGAGGUGCUCAAUAUGCUUUGAUGCCAGGCUUGAACUCUGUCUUGACCACUGUCGCGAUCAAUAUUGUCUUGAUUGCUUCCGCAGAUACAUUACCGAGGUAGUCAUGUCUUCCUGGGGCCUCACGGUAACGAAGAUCCGUUGCCCAGUAUGUCAAACCCAAAUCCCACAAAGUGAAUGGAGUCAGUUUGUGCCAGCCCACGUAGUCGAGCAUUAUAACCGUUUCAACCGCCCCUAUCGACCCUAUUCACGUUGCUGUCCUCAGUGCGAAACAGAAGCAUUUCCAUGUGAAUACAAAGAUAAAAAUGCCGUCUUUUCAGAACAACAACAACAAACUCAAACUCAAACUCAAGCUCAGGCUCAAAAACAAAAUCAAACCCAAGUCCAAGUCCAUACAAUGAUCCAAGAUCUAUUGGACACACUACCAUUUUACUGCCAGGGCCCUGAAAUGGAUCAACUAUUACAGAUUUACGACCAUCAAACCUGGCACAACGCCACUCUACCCGAAAUCUACCGGCGUACGAUGCUUCUCUUAUUCAGAACAGUAGUAGACUCUACAGCCUAUCACUCUAAUCUACUUGCAAUCUCACAUCGUAUCCUCUUGUUGGAUAUGAAACCUGACACUUGGAAACAGCUUCAGUUUGCCCACAUUUCUUUUUUCCCUGUCCAUGAAUGUCGCGCUUGCAACACCCCCUUUUGUCUUCAGUGUGGACAAAAUGCCCAUCCGAAAAUGACAUGUGAAGCUGCAAUGAGACACAUUCUUGAAUCAGAAGCACCCUCUGAAAGUAGUGAGACAGUAAAUCGGCAAUGCCCCUCGUGUUCUAUUCUUAUCCAUCGAGAUGAGGGCUGUAACAAGGUUGAUUGCUCGUUGUGUGGCUUUUGUUUUUGCUGGGUGUGUCGGUUACCAUGGUCAGAGAGAUGCGGAUUCUACCAAUGUGCCUUGACAGGACCAGAAGAAGAUGUUCUUUUUCCAGACACGGUAGAUAUCAAGACUGAAAGAGGUGUCCCUAAUGUAUCCGUGAUACAAGCACGUCUGAGCUCCUCUAACCUCUAA